AUCUGCUGGUUUCCGUGUGUCAGCUGUGAGAAUUUCCUGCUUUUCUUAGUCACAUACGAUAGAUCAGGAAAUAUCUUUGAGUUUUUGGGGCUGAUGGACAGACCAAUCAAGCAUUUUUUUAGACCUUGUCGUGUCGCGUUUUUCACCUGUUGACAUUUCAUAGAGUAAAUAAUCGGCAGGUGAAUCGACGAAGAACAUAUUCGUUAGUUGCAGCCCGUUGUAUUGAUACUUUUACUUAAGUAGAGGAUGUGAAUACUUCUCUCAACCCUGGAUAUUUGAAAGGAGUUCCAUUACCCGCAACGUUUUUGAAGGGUAACGAGGUUGUAAUUUACGAGAUGGACGCAGAGGCAGCAGUGCUGUGCUGUGCUGUGCAUUACAUUGUAUACCAAAAUGACGGACCCGACAACCUCGCCAGAAGACCACUGGAAACCUCUCAGCCUCUAUUUUUCUCCUUUUUCCAUCUUUUGUUGGUGAUGGCACAGCAGACGGACGGUGCGUACAGCGACAGUGGCUUUGACCAUAGUUUCUUUACCGAAACUGCCAGAAAGGGUACCGUUGUGUCCAGGGCCAACAGCAUCGGCUCGACAAGUGCCUCUUCAGUACCAAACACAGAUGAUGAAGACAGUGACUACAGGCGUGAGACGUCGUAUAAGGACGAGUAUAAAGAUCGACGGAGACAAGCGCACACACAGGCUGAGCAGAAGCGUAGGGAUGCUAUCAAGAAAGGCUAUGAUGACCUCCAGUCAAUAGUGCCAACCUGCCAGCAGCAGUCUGAAUUCACAGUGGGAGCACAGAAGAUCAGCAAGGCUACUGUUCUACAGAAAACAAUUGACUACAUCCAUUUUCUUCAUAAAGAAAAGAAGAAGCAAGAGGAGGAAGUUUCUGUACUGAGAAAAGAAGUGAUGGCACUGAAGAUCAUGAAAACGAACUAUGAGCACAUAGUGAAGGCUCACCAGGACAACCCACAGCAGGGAGAUCAGGUGUCUGACCAGGUCAAGUUCAACAUCUUUCAGAACAUCAUGGACUCCCUGUUCCAGUCGUUCAGCAAUUCUGUGUCAGUGAACAGCUUCCAAGAACUCUCUGCCUGUGUUUUCAGCUGGAUUGAGGAGCACUGCACGCCACAUACGCUGAGGGAGUUUGUUGUUGGGGUGCUCCGGCAGCUCAGUGGUCAGCUUUACUGAUCGAGUGAAACCUCUGUGACUGAACUCCCAGACUUUGGGCUUGCUCUGGCCUCUCAGGGUGGAGUAAAAACUUUUAUCUGCCCCAGGCCACACCACAGUAUUUACACGCACUGCAGCUCAUCUGUGACUCCCUGGCUGCAAUUGGAUUACCUCAACCCACGCUUUGGGCAGAGAUGAAAAGUUGUCAAUGGAUUGAGCAGUUUUAUGUUUGAGAGAUCACUUUCGUUUCUCUUUCUGGUUGUAAGUGUACAUACAUAGCUGAGUAUAUUUCAGUCUCUGCUGACUGUUAAUGUGUCUUGCUGUUAUUCUGCUAAGUAAUGCAGAGGAAACACAAGAGCGCAGAAGUCAAAAUAGUAAUAGUUUCAUCAGCAGGACUCUUCUCACAUAUUGAGUAAAUCGAUGGUAUGGCUUCUGCAACCUGUCGGUUUACCCAAUGGGAAUGCGGAGAAGGGUGACGGGAAAACUCAUGAGCUCACACCUCCUCCUCUGUCACGUCAAGCAUAACUGUGUAGCUUAGAGAGCUCCUCUCAGCUCCAGCGCGCACACGUUGCGAGUCAGCCGUGCCAGGUGUGAUUCAAACAAACUCUUAGCUGUAGUGAGACAAACUGUGAGGUUUUUAUAAACGUUGCCGUGAUGAGCCGACAAAAAUGCUGAAAAUCUCAUGGAUGACAGAUUUUGCAAGGUAGAGGCAGCAUGCUGGUCUAAAAUGUAUGAAUCGUUGUCUAUAUACAGUGUAUCGACUUUGACAAUAAUUGAGCUACGCUGCACAUUGUGAAGAGACUCCGUUUAUAUACGGGCAGUUAUUCGGUUGCAGUAAUACCUGUCGUGUUUAUGUGGGAGAUGAUGUUAAAUACAAAGUGUUGAUUUUGAUGAACCUGUCAGACUGCAGUUUUCUCAUCGAUCAAGUGACUUAAAAUCUCACUUGAAAUUUCAGUGGUUCUAAUGCUGACAUGAUAAAUGCUAUUUACUUUGGUUGUCGGUGGCUUUUGUGAUCAGUAACAGUUCAUUAAAAAUGGUGUGAUAGUCGGCAUCGCCGUGAUGAAAAUGUUGUGACUGUUCAGGACUGUGCCCCACACCAGUCACAGGAUCCUGGAGAGAUCCCGAACACAGCCAUGCACAGAUUUACAGCCAAUCUGGGCUAAAUGAAAACAGCCAAUUUUUAUAUAGGUAAAGUUAGAAUUUUGAGUUUUGGUUUUUUUUUACAGCUUUGUUUCCAUUGGCUUUAAUCACAGGGAAACACUAAUUUUUGACCACUUCUUGUCUCGUUGUUUAAUGUAUUUUCUUUUGAUAGUUCUUGUACAAAAGCCGAUUCACACUCAAUAGUGACUUUAUCAGGUAUACCUGUAAAACCGAAUGGUGUUGAAGUGGAUUACAUUACAUUGAGGUUUCUGAUUUACAAACACAUUUAAACAUAAUGCAGUCAAUUGCGACACCACCAUUAACUAUGACUUUAGUAAUAAAAUGAGUUAAAUUAAUUCCUCUCUGAAAGUGUCAACAAAAAUUGAAUGUUACUUUCUUUAUGAAGGUAAAAAUUUAUGGCUGAGUCGUUGUUUUGGAUUACAUUAGAGUUUACAGGUAUACCUAAUAAAGUGGCCAUUGAGUGUAUAUUACCAUCCAAAGAGUGAUGUCAAAUGUUAAAUUUGCCCAAAAUACAAUUUGGAAAGGAAAAGUCAUGUAGCUGGGAACUAGUCUCCGUCCCUGCAGCCAAUUAACCUGUAAAACCUCUUCAGUGUUUUAAGAUAAGAGAGAUGAGUUUGGUUGCUUUGUUGGAGAAAUUCUGUCUGAAUUUCUGCGUCACAAGUUGCUGUCAUGAGAGUAAUAACUUGGCCGCAAUACAGAGAGAAAAAAAAACAGUAAAGGGUGAUAAAGAGACAAGACGGGGGGAAAAAGGGGACAACCCCCACCCCCUCCCCAUAAUACCUGAAAGUCAUGAAUCACUGUCUGUGCUUUAUACUUUUUUUUUAAUACAGUUUUUUUUUAAAAAGGCAGCAAGAGGGACUUAAACAUGUAAUAAGAACAAUGAAGAAUGUAAACCUCUAUAAGUUAUAAUGAAUCACUUGUUGACAUUUUCAUCAUAGGCUCAGGAUCAGUUUUGUGGCUUGAAAAAGGGAAAAAUUAAACAACGUUGCCUACGAGGUGAAAAGCAUCCCUCAGUACUGUCAAAUGAUGUGACAUAGUGUUAGUGUCUCCACAAUGACAAAGCUAUUUUUGUACUUUAAAUUACAAAGUUGUUUUUUCCAUUCAUUCUUUAUUAAAGAUGUACUAUUUGUUCAAAAGACGGGAUAUAAAUAAAGUCAUAUGCUGUGGCUCAGACA